CCAUAGACAAACGGAGGGAGGAAGUUUGUGAGUGAUCGAUUUUACACCGGUCUUCGCAAAACUUCUCAACGACAUUUCUCUUUGUUUGGCCAAACGCGUGUAUUUUAAUCAAAACAUUAGUAACAAGGCCACCGCGUGUGUCUAAAAUGGCGAACACGUUUCGCGGAGUGACGGUAUCUGCCGUCAACAAUGACGGUGCUUUGGCUCCCCGCUUCAAUUUCCCUACAAACGUAAACGUGGAUUAUGAUCCACAAGGGCUGAGUGUAAAAGUGAUACGUGCGGAUCCCGUGCUAGCUCAGGAAGUGAUGGAAUUUCCCGUCCACAGUCAGAGCGAGUGCUCGCGAGUCGCCGGCCAGUCGUAUAUUUUCACAAUAGAUAAUGAAACGUUGUUUUUCAAGUUCGCCUCAGAGGCUGACUGUCAAAAUUUCCAUUUACUGGUUAGCAAGAUUAAAGCUGGCCGAACAUCCUCAGUGUUUACCGUACGAACCGAGGAUUCAUCGGCGAUGCAAUAUUUUCAAUUCUAUGGUUACUUGAGUCAGCAGCAAAACAUGAUGCAGGAUUACGUGAGAACAAGUACUUAUCAACGGGCCAUAUUAUCGAAUAUUAAUGAUUUUAAAAAUAAGGUUGUUUUGGAUGUUGGGGCAGGUUCGGGUAUUUUGUCCUUUUUCGCGGCGCAAGCUGGAGCGCGGAAGGUGUAUGCUGUCGAAGCGAGUAACAUGGCGCAUCACGCUCAAGCUCUAGUUCGCGCCAAUGGUUUACAUGAUAGAAUUACAGUAGUGGCGGGAAAAAUAGAAGAAAUAGAACUCCCUGAAAGUGUAGAUGUUAUAAUUUCAGAACCUAUGGGCUAUAUGUUGUACAACGAAAGGAUGUUAGAAACUUAUUUACAUGCCAAGAAGUGGCUUAAACCAAAUGGAAAUAUGUAUCCUACAAGAGGUGACCUGCAUAUAGCUCCAUUUACUGAUGAUGCCCUCUUUAUGGAGCAAUACAACAAGGCAAACUUUUGGUACCAAUCAUGUUUUCAUGGAGUCGAUCUUAGCGCUUUGCGCACAGCUGCUAUGAAGGAAUAUUUUAGACAACCAAUAGUUGAUACAUUUGAUGUACGCAUAUGUAUGGCAAGAUCAGUCAGACAUGUGGUGGACUUCCUCAAUGCUAAUGAAACAGACUUGCAUAGAAUUGAAGUUCCUUUCCGAUUUGAGCUCACACAGUCUGGAACUUGCCAUGGCCUAGCAUUUUGGUUUGAUGUGCUAUUUGCAGGAAGCACACAGCACAUCUGGCUGUCCACAGCACCAACGGAGCCCUUGACACAUUGGUAUCAAGUCAGAUGUUUGUUAGAAACACCCAUUUUUGCUAAACAAGGUCAAGCUUUGACUGGCAGAGUGCUAUUGCUUGCGAACAAAAGACAAAGUUAUGAUGUUACUAUGGAGAUCAGUCUAGAAGGAACAACCAUUUCAUCUUCCAAUACAUUGGACUUGAAGAACCCCUACUUCAGGUACACAGGAGCACCUGCCGCUCCUCCCCCUGGUGUGAAUACCACAUCACCUAGUGAAACUUACUGGAACUCCAUUGAAUCAGCUGGCUCAAUAAGCAAUGGCCAAGGAGUGAUUUUAACAGAUGGCACUCAACAAUAUUGCUCAACCCCAGAUCAAACUCUUGCCUAUGGAGCUCAUCCUAACAUGAUCAAAACAGUCAUGCUUCAAGAGGAGUUCAUCAAGAGGAUCGGGAUAAGUCAGAAUGGGGAUAUAUAAUCCGCAAAGACGCGCCGCGCGCGGCUCAGGGCCAUAAGGAACCGUCGCAAUCGGUUGUGAACAAUCUUCCGUUCAAACUUUAUAGUGUUUAAGCGGACUUAUUUAUUUACGAAACAUCACAGUGAACUACUGCAACUGUUAAAUCGUGUAUUGAAUUAGUUGAGGUGCCUCGUCUCGCAAACCUAUCUGUAGCGAUAGUUCUGUAUUGAUUACACGCAAUAAUAUUCACUGUACUGUGUGUUAUAUCGCCUUUUGGUGUAUGUUUUGUUUACAGUAUACAUGACGCUUAUUAGUAUUAAAUUGAACAGUUAUGAUUAAUGAUUACUUACGGAAAUUUGUUUGUAAAUAAAUCCUCACCUGACUUGACAGUAGAGACAAAACUGGCCAAAAAGCGUUUACCUGAGCUAGGGCAGCUCGGUUAGAAUAAGAUACUUAGUUUCAAGUACAUCUUAGAUUAAGCAAUAAGUGCUGAUAAUGCUUAAAGUUAAAUACUCAUGUAUUAAAUCAUCGACAUCAGGUAGAUAAAUGCAUAUACAUUUUGAAGUCCAUAAAAUGAUGGUGUUUUGUAUGGGGAACUUCUGUCUGCCAAACAAAAUAUGAUUGAGGAUUGAGUCAUUAAUGCUAAAAACUUGUGUAAAUAGUUAGAAUAGGAUAAUUUAAGCACAUUUUGACAGAAUGUAAUCAAUGCUAUUGUGAAUUAUCAGUAUUCUUUUGUGUUCCAUAUCGUUAAAUCAACCAUGAAUAAUUACUAAUUACAACUAGAAAUAUCAUUUAUUUAAAUACUGCCUUUAUAUUUUUGAAUGUAAUGAGAAGUGAAUUAACCCAUUUUUUUUGCAAUCAACCUACCUAUUUUUCAUUAUUGAUCUUAAUAAAUCAUGCACUUGUAUGCAUAUUUAAAAUAUAGUAUUGUAAAUUUUAUAGACGUAUGACAUAAUAUUUAACAUUGCAAUGUAAUAUUUCGAUGUAUUCGUAAAUCUUGAUCAAAAGGACUAGAAAGCAAUCUUGUAUUUAAGAAUAUUGUAGAUUAAAAUUCAAGUUCAGGAUGCAUGGGCUUCAUAAUUGGACAUAAAAAGUGGGAUGAUUUGUUUUAUUGAUUUACAAUUAUGAUCAUUAUCGGUUAUGUUAUGCAGACCCACAUCAUUAAGCCCAUGUAUAUUUUCGGCGAAAUAAGUUCUAAUAAAAAUUAUUACUGUUGUAUCAUAAAUUAUCAUCAUUAAAAUUGGUGAUUGUAAUAUUCCAUACAGCUACCUCAUGAUUUGGCAGACGGAUAAAAAUCGAAAUAAUGUAUCAAAAAUCAUUUUAAUACAACAACUCGCGUAGAGUUGCCAAUUGUUAGUUUAUUGAUCUCAAACAUUUGGCAAUUUUCUCAUUGGGGAUCGCUCGAAAAUAUUCGAAAAAAAUUUGUAUUUCGUUUGACUUAUCAAUUAAAAUUGUCACAAACA